UGCUGAUGCUAGUGGAAGCGUGGAUUCGCCAAUGGAGGCGUCGAUUCCCCGUGGACACGAAAUUCCUCCCCCUUUGCCCGGCCAAAAUUCCUCUCUUCGCCGCGAAGUAACACCCAUCUCCAUCUCGAACUACCAAGGAAGAACAAGAGAAAAACACAAGAUGCCAUGUCGAUCGAUCGAUCUCAACUCUACCAAGUCAUGGCAGCAGCAGCAGCAGCCGGUGGCCAUAAAGCGGGCGAAAGGAAUUUAAUCCGUGCGCCACCACCACGAGGUCUCGCAACUUUACUUGGCGCCAAAAGCAGCGAGGCGCGGAGAAAAAGCUUUAAAGGGCGCGCCGCGGCAUCGCCUCGUCUCCCUUUUUCUCUUCUCUUUUCUUGUCCCGAUGGCCGUGGUGCAUGCGGCGUCGGUGCUCGGGAGCUUCCCGUUCAGGGCGGCCGUGGUCGCGCUCUGCGUGCUGCUGCUCCCGCUCCUCCCCUCGCCACGGCCACCGGCGGCGGGGGAAGGUGACGGCGGCGGCGGCGGCGGCGGCGGGGGCGGUGGGCAGGCGUUCUUGGCCAAGGUGUGGGAGCUGCUGCACCUGCUCUUCGUCGGGAUCGCCGUGUCCUACGGGCUCUUCAGCCGGAGGAACGACUGCGGAGGACGGGUCGAGAAGGAUGCCGCCGCGCCGGGGAAGGCGGACGCGAGGUAUGUCUCGCGGAUGUUCCAGGGCGAGCUCGUGUUCGACGACGAUGGCGACGACGGCGUGCCCGACAGCCCCGCUCGCGGCGGGGCGAGGUCUUGGAGCGCGCUGCACCACCCCGAGGAGCCCGUGGUCAUGACGGCGGCAGGCGGGGGCGGGCGGAGCCACACCGCUGCUCAGCAGCCGCCACUGUCGCUGCCCGUCCGGGCCUUGAGGCCGCAGGACUCCGGCGCGGCGGGACACGGCAACGGCGAGUCGCGCGUGCUCCCUUCGCCGAUCCCGUGGCGGUCACGGUCCGGGAGGUUCGAUGCACCACCGACCCCGAGCAGCCCCUCACCGUCGCCGAAGAGGCUGUCGCCCGCGUCGUCCAUGUCCGACGAGACACUGGCCAAGGCCAGCGAGGAUCACGCCACCGUCCCAAAGCGGAGGAGCACGUACAAGUCUUCCAUUUCCUCCCUACCGCCCCCGCCGCCUCCGCCGCCGCCGCCGUUCCUCGUCCACGGUUACCACCCUGCGGCUGACCGCCGGACCACUGCGGCGAAGAGCUUCAAGGAGGAGCUGCAGGAUCACAGCACGAGGGGCAGAGGAGAUCAUGAUCAUUACUCGCAGCAGAGGUCGCAGAGCUUCAGCAGUGCUUCUACUUACACCAACUCCUCGCCGGCGACGCCAAGAAGCUCUUUCGACGGCUCCUCCUCGUCGUCAUCGCCGUCAAUCGGCAGAUCAGUGAGAACAAUCAGGCCAAGAGAAGGGAUCCAACCCAAAAUCCAAGAAGUGGCAGACGAAGACGAAGCCGGUAAUGCACCGGAUAGCUCGCAUGGCCCAGAAGAGCCAUAUGGAUACAGAGAGUACCAAGCCGUCCCAAGGUUCCAGUACGAGAGGAGGGGCAGCGACCCAAUCUUGGGCAAUGUGGCCGUCUCCUCGGACGAGACCGAGAGCAGCGACGACGACGAGGACGGCGUUGGCGCGUACUCGCCGAGGGAGUCGCCACCGACGCCGGAGGUGGACGAGAACGAGGUGGACAAGAAGGCGGAGGAGUUCAUCGCCAGGUUCAGAGAGCAGAUCAGGCUGCAGAGGAUCGAGUCCAUCAAGAAGUCCGCCGGACCCCGCGGCCUCAAGCACGGCAAGUAGCUCCCUCAGCUCCGGCCGGCCAUGGUUUUGCUAAUUAUUAAGCUUUUCAGUGAGCUAGUAGCUAAUCCUAAUGCUCAGAGAUAAGAUACUACGUACGUACAUCGGUAUACUAGUUUUCAAGAACCACCUGUAAACAUUCAUAUAGGUGAUGGAUGGGAGUGUAUUGUGUUCGUGUCAUGUAGGGUACUCAUGAAUCAUGAUCAUGACAUGCUGGUGUUUUUUGGUGGGGCGUUAAGAGAUCGAUGAUCCAUCGGACCAUCUCUACUCUCUAGGUUUAUGAUUAGGCUGAAAUCGGUUUGCCUGAUGGAGUACCACUGUGUCUUUCUUCUCCAACUGAUCACCUGUACUAUUCUCUAUUUGGUCACUAGUUCAGCUCAGCUCACCUUUACAACAGCAUUCAGCUCA